AUGGCUCCUAUUCGCGUUGGACUUAUCGGCCUCUCCGCGACCUCGACCUCCGGCUGGGCUGCCAAAGCUCAUCUGCCCUACCUGCUCUCGCAACGAGGACAAGAACGGUUUCAGAUUGUGGCACUGCUUGGUUCGACUGUGGAACGUGCUCGUGACUCUAUCCAGCAUUUCAAGCUCCCAAAUCCACAGGAUAUUCGCGCGUACGGUUCACCUGCGGAACUCGCCGCAGACCCUGAUGUGGAUCUCGUUGUGUGCAGUGUCCGUGUGGAUAAGCAUUACGAUACGGUCCGACCAAGUGUUGAAGCUGGUAAGGACGUUCUUGUCGAGUGGCCAUUGACAGAAAAUGCUGUCAGAGCAAAGGAAUUGGUGGAUCUCUCGAAGAAAGCCGGUGGCAGGACGGCUGUUGCUAUUCAAGCGAGGCUGGCACCGUACAUUGUCAGAAUCAAGGACGUGUUGGCCAGUGGAGCCAUCGGGAAGGUUGUCAAUAGCUAUGUCAACAUCAACGGCAAACAGGAAGGCAGUGAUGUUAUAUUCUCGGGUCUGGAAUACUUUGCCGACAGCAAAUUUGGUGGAAAUUACUACACAAUUUGGUUUGGGCACGCCUGGGAUCCCAUCCAGUUUGUACUAGGCGAUGCGAAAGACUCAGAUGCCCUACUACAGAUUCAAAACCCCAAGAUCAAGGUCUUAGACCGCCCGGGAGGCAAACAGGUGGGGGAAAUCCCCACAAACUCUCCAGAUUUGGUCCUUGUAACAGCUUCACUACCGGAGUCGCCAGUCAGUCGCAGCGACGCCCAUUUGGUGACGGCGUGGCGAACUGGAUCAGCUUUUCCAGACCCAGAUCAGCCAGCCUUGGUUUGGACUAUCACCGGCGAGAAGGGCAGCUUACGUCUAACAAACAAAGGGCAAUAUAUCAACAUGGGCGAAGACGCUUCAAUUGAACUGCAUGAUCUGACGACAGGAGAGGCCAAGCCCAUUGAGUGGCAUUGGCAGGAGUGGCAGACUGAGUUCCCAGGCCCAGUCAGAAACAUCGGAGCUCUCUACGAAGCUUUUGCCGAGGGCGAUGAGAGCAAGUAUGCUACAUUUGAGGACGCUUUCAUUCGUCAUGAACAGCUUGACUCGAUGCUGAAAAGAUUUCAAAAGUGA